ACCUCAUCCGCUUCAGUCUGUACCUGAACCCGCUGUGGAUCUAAAGUGUGUCGGACUGUGGACUUUACUCCGGGACUUUACACCGGGACUAUAACGGGACUGCACUUUUUGUCGUAAACCUGGAUUUUGUGGAUUAUUUCAGUGAAGUCAACAUGACGCUGGAGGAAGUUUUCAGAUCCAACAGCACCGAGAAUAAGAUGCACACUGUGACAUCAUCACUGGAGGACCUCCUCGCGGCAGCGCAGCGUCAGAACUGUCUGACCGUGGGAGUUUAUGAAUCUGCAAAACUCAUGAAUGUUGACCCGGACAGUGUGGUUCUGUGUGUCCUCGCGGCUGAUGAGGAGGAUGAAGACGACAUCGCGCUGCAGAUCCACUUCACGCUGCUUCAGUCUUUCUGCUGCGACAAUGACAUCGACAUCCUGCGCGUGUCUGGGGUCACGCGCCUCGCGCAGCUGCUGCUCGAGGACAUGGAGGACCGCAACGGAAACGAGCCCUCGGACCUGCACUGCAUCCUGGUCACGAACCCGCCGGUGCAGCCGCUGCAGUGCGUGUCUCUGCAGGACGUCAGCAGCUUCUGUGAGGAGAGUCGCUGCAGGAACCAGUGGGUUCCGUGUCUGGAGCUUCAGAACCGCUGAGCAGAACCCAGCCGAGUCUGAGCAAGUGGAGCCGCAGCAGAGCGGUGCCGAAGAACAGAACCAGAGUCCAAACCGCUGACCUGGAGACCAGUCAUGGUGUUUAAGUCUACACUGAUGACCCCAUGGGAGGGGGAGGGGCCUGGACGUGCUUCCUGAGGUGGUGGAUGAUGAUGACGAUGGCCCAGGGGGCGCUGUGGUGCCAGUCCUGGUACGGUUUAUGAAAGUGGAUCUGACUGUGCGGGAUGUGGGUUUGGGUCUCGGAGCUGCACAGACUUUUGUGAGCAGCAGCACCUGGACAUCACAUGACACUGGUGGGCGUGUACCUGCUGUGAUGUCAUGUUGGUUUAUAAUGACUCAACAGUUUGUAAAUGUGACGAGUUCAUCAGCUGAUCGAUGUUUGUGAUCAAUAAAUGAUUGAAGGAGAAA